UUGCAAAACCAAACCACAAGGCAGACUCGCAAAAGAAGGCAGAGCUCCGCCAUGCACCGCUCAGCACUGCUAUGUUGCCUGGUCUUCCUGGCUGGGGUGGGGGCCAGCCAGAGCCAGGACCCCCAGUCUGAGAACAGCUGCACCUACUUCCCACACAGCCUGCCCCACAUGCUCAGAGAGCUCCGGAUGGCCUUCAACAGGGUGAAGACUUUCUUUCAAACGAAGGAUCAGCUGGACAACAUGUUGUUAAAUAAGUCCCUGCUGGAGGACUUCAAGGGUUACCUGGGAUGCCAAGCCUUGUCCGAGAUGAUCAAAUUUUACCUGGAGGUGGUGAUGCCGAAGGCUGAGAACCACGGCCCCAACAUCAAGGAGCACGUGAACUCCCUGGGGGAAAAGCUGACAACCCUCAGGGCGAGGCUGCGGCGCUGUCAUCGAUUUCUUCCCUGUGAAAACAAGAGCAAAGCGGUGGAGCAGGUGAAGAACGCCUUCGAUAAGCUCCAAGAGAAAGGUGUCUACAAGGCCAUGAGCGAAUUUGACAUCUUCAUCAACUACAUAGAAACCUACAUGACAAUGAAGAUAAAAAACUAAAACAUCCUAGGAAGCAAAGAAUCCAACAUGGCGACUCCACUAGACUCUAGGACAUGAAUUGGAGGUCUCCAAAAUCGGGUCCAGGGUUCUGGGAGAACCAAACCAGCUCCUUGGAAAACCCUACCGUGCCUCUCUCCUGUGAUAUUUAUUACCCUGAUACCUCAACUCCCAUUUCUAUUUAUUUACUGAGCUUAUCUGUGAACUAUUUAGAAAGAAGCUUAAUAUUAUACUUUUUUCAAUAUUUAUUAUUUUUCACCUGUGUUUAAGCUGUUUCCAUAGGAUAACACCCUAUGGUAUAUGAGUGUUUUAAAAGAAAUUAUAAGUUAUAUAAAGAGAAAAAAAAAAGUUCUUUGGGGAGCCAACUGAAGCUUCCAUCCUAAGCCUGACCACACUUUAAAGCUGUUGAGCUGUUUGCUCUGACCUCCCUCUAAUUUAUCUCAUUCCUGGGCUUGGGGCUCCCGGAGUGUUACAAAGACUCUUAGGAAGGGAGCCAGGGAUACCCUCUGAUGAUGAACCUUCCUGUGGCUCAGAGGGACUCCCCUAACCUCACUCCCCAACCACUUUAUUCUUAAAAGCUGUGGCCAGCUUGUUAUUUAUAACAACUUAAAGUUGGUUCUAAUAGAACUUAGUUAUAACUUAAAGUAUUUCAAUUCCUCGGGGAAUGUUACAUUGUUUGUCUGUCUUCAUAACAGAUUUUAAUUUUGAAUAA